AUGGAAUACACCGCUUUUGUUUUUCUGACCCUCACCUUGGUCUUUUUCAUGGGCCAGGAUUGUUGGGCUGCUCCCCCAACCGAUGAUUUGGCCAAUUUCGGGGCAAUGGAGCGAAUGAUCAAGGAGCUAACUAGUUCUAUACUGGCCAUGAGUGGAUCAAGUCCUGGCCAAAGUUCUGGCGAUGGAAAUGCCAGUAAUGUUUGGAACGAAGAUCUUCAGGCUUGA